AUGUGUGGUUGGUUGGUGGUUGGGCCACUGGGUUCGAGCGGCAAUGAUCGGACUGCCGAUGAUCGAGGUGGUGCAUCUGGUGGUCGAUUUCAACAUUACAGCUCGUUUUCAAGCUCUCUGUUUUGGAAAAAUCUUCUCCGAUUCUGCAAAUUCUUAAAUCCAGAUCUCUGUAACAACUUCCAGAUCUCGAAAAAUAGUUCGUUCCUCAUAAUCUGCUCGAAAAACAGCUCGCUCUUGAAAAAACGGAGAUUCUUGAAGAUAGUCAUAUUGAAGCUGAUGGAAUUUAUCCAAGUACUAAUGCAACAUGAUGGGCAAUGGACUGAAGAUGGAAAGUAUACUGACUUUAAAAUGAUAGGAAUUUUAUUGGAAAUGAACUGCACAUUCAAUAGUUUUAUCGAAUUAGUAUAUCAAAGUUUGCAAGUUCAAGAUACUGAAACUGAAUUAGAUAUUCAAUAUCUAAUCAGUGAUGAUUAUCCUCCAGUCAAAAUAGCAGAUGAAAGAAGUCUCAGAUUCUAUAUACAGUUAAAGAAGAGUGAACUUAACUUCACAAGAUAUCCAAUCUGCAUCAUAUUGAAUAAAUCUGCUUCUUUUUUGGAAACAUCAUCAUCAGAAGCUGCAAACAAUUCACUUCUUGUUCAUGAAGACAAUAUAACGCAACUGGAUGAACAAAACUCUAAAGAAACAGAAAUGUCUUAUUCAAAUUUGGAUAUGAUUGAAUAUGCAAAUCUUCUCUGCACACUUCAAGAAAAUCUUCCAGAAACAGAUUUUGAUGAAGAUCAUGUUGCAACCAAUCAAGCAAAUCAGAAAAUAGAAGAAGGAGGUAUAUUCACAGAUAAAGAAACAUUAAUAUCAGAGAUGAGCCUAUAUGGACUAAAAGAACACUUUCAGUUCAAGGUCCAAAAAUCAUGCGCAAGACAGUACCGAUUAAAAUGCAUAGAUGACCAUUGUGAUUGGAAAUUUUAUGCCUCGAAAAUUGGUCAUACAAAAAUGUUUCGGGUACGUAAGUUCAACAAUUAUCAUACAUGUUCUUUGGAGAUGAGAAUGGGAGACCUGAGGUUUGUCAGCUCAAAAACCAUAGCAAAAAUAAUAAAGUCAAACUUGUUGGAUAUCAAGACAAUUUACACACCUAAUGACAUAAUCAGAGACAUGAGAAAUGAUUAUAGCAUUAAAUUGGAUUACUGGAAAGCUUGGAAAUGUCGAGAAAUUGCACUAGAGCUUUUAAGAGGGAAACCAGAAAAUUCAUUUGGUCUACUACCGAGAUAUCUUCACAUGGUGAAGCAAACAAAUCCAGGAUCAGUUGUAAGCUUACAAAGAAAUGUGGAUCAUACUUUUCUUUAUGCAUUCAUGUCACUUAAUGCAUCAAUAAGUGGAUGGAGUCACUGUAUGCCUAUUAUGGUUGUUGAUGCUACAUUUUUGAAAGGACCAUUUGGAGGUUCUCUGUUUUCAGCUUCAACUCUUGAUGCAGCAGGAAAAAUCUUCCCUCUUGCCUUUUCAAUAACAGAUUCAGAAAAUGAUGCAUCUUGGAAUUGGUUUUUUAGACAAAUCAAAACUGUUUUUGGUGUAAGGGAAGGAAUGUGUAUAAUUUCAGACAGACAUAUGAGUAUUAAAAAUGCAAUAGAAAGUGUUUUUGCUGGAGAAGUUCAACAUGAUAUUUGCUUAUAUCAUUUACUAAGUAACGUGAAAAGCAGAUUUAAAAAGGAUCAGAAGACAAUUAAAGACCUGUUCAAAGCAGCAGCAAGAGCUUAUACAAAGGAAGAAUUCAAUACUCAUAUGGCAGAAAUGAGCAACGUAAAUCCAGGAGUUACAGCUUAUCUCAAAGAUGCAGGUUUUGAAAGGUGGGCAGUUUCACAUUCUGUGAACAAAAGAUACAACAUAAUGACUUCAAAUACUGCUGAGUCAUUUAAUGCAGCAGUAAAUAGAGCACGAGAAUUACCAGUUACGAUGCUUAUGGAAUACUUGAGAAAUUUGGUUCAAAGGUGGAGCUACAAGAACAGAAAUAUUGCUAAAGGAACCUUUACAAAAUUGUCUUCAAAAUAUGAUGCUGUCCUAAGGCAAAACUAUUUAGAUUCACUCAAAAUAGAGGUAGAGCCAUCUAAUGAUGACAUAUACACUGUUACUGAAAAUGGUGAUACCUCUACUGUUAACAUCAAGGAAAAAUCUUGUACAUGCAACAGAUAUCAAGAAGAAAUGAUCCCAUGUAAACAUGCUGCUGCUGUAUUAAACUACAAACAUCAAGACCCAACUGAAUAUUGCUCAAAGUACUUCACAAAUGAAGCAAUGCUUGCUACAUAUGCACAAACUGUAUACCCAGUUCCUAAAGAAGAAACAUGGGAAGUCACUGCAGAGGUUGAGGAUAUCAUUGUCUUACCUCCUAUAGGGAGAACUAAGCCAGGAAGACCAAAAAAGAGAAGAAUAAAAGGAGCAGAAGAACAAAAGAAUCAAAACAAGUGCAGCAGAUGUGGAUAUUAUGGACAUAAUCGUAAAACUUGUAAAAAUAUUCCAAAAAACAGAUAG